AAUAGUACUAUAAUAAUACUAUAAUAAUACUAUUUUUCUUCUAACUAGUACUAUAUACAUGCCUGUGAUCAAAUAUUUUAUGAGUGUUACCUAACAUUUAAAUGCCGUAGAUCAAGCCAAAGUUGGAAAAUAAACAACCAAGUCACUUAGCCUCUUUUAUUUACUAUGAUUCAUUUCUAGUUCUAAUAUUAUCCAGGGGAGGCUAGAGAUUUGGAAUAUUCUUCCCACUUUCAUCCUUGUGAAAGAACCAAAUGCUUCCUUGAGUGUUUAUUCCAGGGCCUGAAGGGUAUUUGAGACUCUGAAGCACAAAGUGUGGUACCUCAGUGCGAGUAACAGUGCUCAGGGGCACGCCUUGCCAAGUGAAGCUUGGUUAUGCCUUCCUUCUGAAGUCAGGAAAGGCAGACAAUUAGUCUGUAGAACUUGUGGUUGCCUUAGAGGGAGAAUAAGAUGGUGAUGAAAACAACAAUCAAGAAGUUCUGAUUGCAAAUGAAGGGUUGGCCUUAGUCAUCUCAAAGUCUCUCAAGCUUCUGGGUCUUUCUCCUUUGUCAGUGGCUCUGGGCCUCAGGUUCCUAUGUCAUGGCUCUAAGUUUCCCUUUCAUUUUUAAAGGAAGGUGUUGGCUAAGCAUUCUUCUGUUCUUUUUCAUAGCCAUGAACACAAGGAAGUCUCUACUUACUUCCUGAGCUGUAGACCUCCUAGAAGUAAGCAUAACAAAGUACUGAUCAGUGAUAUUUAUCCCUAUUGUCUCUUUUCCCUCCUGGACUUGAAGUCUUGAUGGCAAGUCCCACAUCUUAUUCUCCUUAGAGCUAGCUUUAGAGCUAGCAGUGUCUGGCAUGUAGUUGGUAGCGUAUUUGUUAAACGAAUUACUGAGAAAUUAGGGGCAAUUUCUGGAAGGCAGCAAAAGCCAGUUCUCUAGCAGGAGUAAGCAUAUAGAAUGGCUUUAUAAUUUAAGUGACAGUUGUCCACAGAAAAUACCUAUUUGUGGAUUUGGCUACACCAGAUGAUUAGAUGUGGUCAGGGCUUAGGUUUUUCUUCCCAUCAGCCUCAAGAAAAGAGUCUGGCAGGAGCCUUGUACAAAUUGACAGGAAGGCAGUAUGGGAAAUUUCUGAAGGUCUUUUGUAACUGAAAAAAAAACCCCAUUUCUUGGGCCGGGGAUUUAGCUUGGUGGCACUGUGCAGGCCUCACAAGCAAGCUCAGGGUCCUGAGUUCGAUCCCCAGCACUGCAAAAAAAAAAAAAAAAUUCCUCUGAGCCAGAACUGUAAUCCUCAAAUGCAGGUCUCAGCACAGCAUCCUGGUCUUAAGUAUAGGAUGGACACCAGAGGGAAAGCUUGCAAAGCAGCAUUUUGUGGUCUCAGUCCUGAGGGCUGAAAGAGCUCGGGACACUGAGCUACAGAUCCUUCAAGGAGGCUGACAGUUGUACUCACUGUCCCACUGUAAACAGCAGCUAAUGACACCCAUCAGUUCUCAGUGAAGCUGGUGGACUUGGUGACUCUAAUCGAGUGUAAAUCUUGGAUGGUUUUCAUCUCUCUUUUCUUUCUCAGCAUGCUUAGUACAACAGACCCCAGUCUGCUGCCCACAUGUAAUGAUGCAAAGGUGAGGUCGGAGAGGAGCUCCUGCUCGUCAGGGAAGUUUGUGACAAAAAUUCUUCAUAUGGCUUGGUGUUAAGCCUGAGACUAGUUUGAAAAUGUGUAGGGCAUGGCACAGGGCAAAAGUGUAGAUUGUAUCUUCCUUGGAAUUCCAGUUGCUUGUGCAUGCUGUACUGAAAACAUCAGGUCCCAGAAUCCCCCAAGGUGUCUGAAUAUCAAAUAUGGCAGUGUCAGCAGGCAGAAACACACCAAGGUGGCAAAAUCAGGUUGCCUUCUGAGUACUUUAAAAAAGAUUUUAGGGCCGGGGAUUUAGCUCAGUGGUUUUGCUGCCUGCUUCGCAAGCGCAAGACCCGAGUUUGAUCUCCAGUACCAAAAAAAAAAAUUUUUAAUACUAAAUCAUGCAUCUAAACGUACUUUUCACCUCUCAGAAUAUAACAAUCAAGAAGUCUAACAUAAUUUCAGGAGGAUAUGACUUGUGGAAAAAGGCAUAUGUGUCCUGUGGGUGAGGGUGCAGGUUGGUAUCAACUCCUUGAAGGACAUUUACCAUCUAUCAGAAUGACAAAUAUUAAUCCCUUCUGCUUAACAUAUCCACUGCCAGGAAUUUAUCCUACAUAAGUAAGUACAUAAAAACAGACAUUUAGAAACAUUCAUUAUAACAAUGUUUGUCCAAGAGCAAAAGCUUAGAACUUGCCUAAAUAUUCAAAAGUACAAACAAAGAGCACAAUAAAGGAUGGAUAGAACAAGACAAAUGGGAAGAGGGAAAGGGUCCUGGAGACCAAGGGUGAGAGAAGAGGGGGAAGGGAAGGAGGGAAAAUAAGUAGAAUAAAGCUAUGCCAUGUACAAGAACCUAAUAAUCUCAAUAACUUUAAAGAUUAUAUGUCAUAAACCUGAAAUAGGAUUAAUAAUAUCAACGAGAGUGAAAAUGAUGAAAGGGGAUUUAGAGCAGGAGGAAAGGGGAUUAUAAAAAAAGAAUCCAGAUGUAUGAUGUAUAUGUACCUACUCCCCUAGAUGAUUGUCAACAGCAUGAUUUGCAAACACAUACUUAUGAAAGGAAAUUAGGUCCCAGUGAAAUGGAUUGGUGGUGAUGGAUUUGAAGUGGUAUCAUUUGGUGUUAGUGAUGCUGACAGUUGGGCAAGGAAAAGACCAUCAUGACCCAAGUCUCCAGCCUGGGCAAUCAGAUGAAUGUUCAAGGAAUACUUGAGAUAUAGGCACCAUAUGGUAUUUGUAGGAUUCCUUAGGUGGCGAUAUCUAGAAGUAUAGUGUUACCUAGUAGUUCUGGUGUUCAUGUGGGGAAUGUGACUUAAUUGGGAGACAUGUAGGGAGAACAGGGUGGGGGGCACUUGUAUCAAGAUUUUAGGAAAAUAUAUAUUUAUCAGUAAGGCACAUACAAGCCCGGUUAACACAGCCUUGUUUGUAAAAGCAAUGAGAAGGGAAUAUAGAAUGAGGAUUAAAAAAGAGGUAAAAUGGUAAAUAUGAAGAAUUCUAAAACUAGGCAGCUUGACAUGCAUGUUUUACCAACAAAAAUCCUGAGACUUGAGAAAUUAUGUAUUGAUACGACUAAAAUUUUUAGGUGGUUGAGGCAGGACUUGAACUCAAUUCUGUCUUACUGCAUGGCAGUAUUUAUUAAGCCAAAUCCUCCUACUAUCAUAAUGUAUUAUCAACAAAAAGACAUCUAAUGUGAUGAACCAACACUACUGAGUUCCAUGAAAAGUCAUUAAUGUCAAAUAUCAAGAUCUGACAAAUCCCUGGAAUUCCUAUCCAAAUAUAAAGCAGGGUAAUAGUAAUAAUGUGUGUUUACUAAUGCAGAUGUCAAUGCAUGGGUCAGAAGGAAUAUAAAAUUAAUUUCUUUUUAGUCCUCAUCAAAGCUUCCAAGGUAGGUAACUUUUGGAUUCCCAUUCUAGAAAUGAAGAAAGGGAGACCUAGAGAGACUGUUAAGGUCAAACAGUUGAUAAAUGAAGGUACUGACACAGAAACUCAUACCUAAAGGCUCUUCAAAAUGUUUUUCCACGUGCUACAUUGUCUCCUUCUCAGGAUAAUAGUGCCUACCGAUCUACUUUGGGGGUCAUUUUGAAUUUCACCUGGAGAAUUUAUGGGGCCCAUGAAUGUGAUUGCUCUAGUACAGAUGGUCCCUAGAUUACAUUCUGAGAAACAUUGUUUUACGUGUUUUGAGAAUAAUAUACAUGUCAGCCCAAUAGAAAUAUAGUGGAAAGAAUUGCUGUUUGUUACUCUGAAAUAUCUUGAAAGGGAUAGAUCAAUUUUAAUUUCUAAAAACAGGAAAUACCAUUUGUGUGUGUGUGCACGUGUGUUUAACUGCAUUUGUGAGUUUGAGUGAAUUUAGGUUUCCUUCUCUGUAGCAUCAAGUUUGACCAGCUGUCUGGACAAAUUCCUCACAUAUUCAGCACCAUGGCUUUUCUAGGAAUCACAUCAUUUACAGGCUUACUUCUUUCUCACUUCUUAGGCAUCAACAAAAACCGGCUUGGUGUAUGUGGCUGGAUUCUGUUUUCUCUUUCUUUCCUGUUGAUGAUUAUUACCUUUCCCAUCUCCAUAUGGAUGUGCUUGAAGAUCAUUAAGGAGUAUGAACGUGCUGUUGUAUUCCGACUGGGACGCAUCCAAGCUGAUAAAGCCAAGGGACCAGGUUUGAUCCUGAUCCUGCCCUGUAUAGAUAUAUUUGUCAAAGUUGAUCUUCGAACAGUUACUUGCAACAUUCCUCCACAAGAGAUCCUCACCAGAGACUCUGUGACUACGCAGGUGGAUGGUGUUGUCUAUUAUAGAAUCUAUAGUGCUGUCUCAGCAGUGGCUAAUGUCAAUGAUGUCCACCAAGCCACAUUUCUGCUGGCUCAGACCACUCUGAGAAAUGUCUUAGGCACACAGACCUUGUCCCAAAUCUUAGCUGGAAGAGAAGAGAUUGCCCACAGCAUUCAGACUUUGCUUGAUGAUGCCACUGAGCUGUGGGGGAUCCAGGUGGCCCGAGUGGAAAUCAAAGAUGUGCGGAUUCCUGUGCAGUUGCAGAGAUCCAUGGCCGCUGAGGCUGAGGCCACGCGGGAAGCCAGAGCUAGGGUCCUUGCAGCAGAAGGAGAAAUGAAUGCAUCUAAAGCCCUGAAGUCAGCCUCCAUGGUUCUGACCGAGUCCCCCAUAGCCCUCCAGCUACGCUACCUACAGACCUUAACCACAGUAGCCACGGAGAAAAAUUCCACAAUUGUGUUUCCUCUUCCCAUGAACAUACUAGAGGGCAUUGGUGGUACCAGCUAUGAUAACCACAAGAAGGUUAAUGAUAGAGCCUGAGGUAGCCAGUCCAUUGCUUAGUGCCUGACCUGUGCUGUGGAGAAGUCAGCUGUUAGAGGCAAUGAGAAUUCUAGCAACGAACAAGGCAUAGGAACUUCACAGCUGGAGUAGCACUAGUAGGGAAAAUCUGCAGACACAACAAAAAGAAAAAUAAAGCAAAACUGAGGGCUGUGUACUAGUUUUAUUUUUAAGACAUAAUCAACCUUGCAGUACUCUUGUAUAAUCAAUUAGUGAUUAUCCUGUCUUAGUAGCAGGCACUUUCUUGCAGUAGAGGAGGAAAUCACUGGGUGACUAUGAUGGAUUUCAGAAUUAUUUCUUGUUUUCAAAAAUAAGUACCCUAGAUCAUUUGUAAAGUACCAUAGGCCUCAUAUUUAUACAACAUAAUUGCUUUACAAUUCCAAAGUAAUUACUUGUUAUAUCUCCAGUAGUUGCAAUAAACCCCCUCAAUGCUGCAAGUAAUAUCUGAUUUUGAUGUUAAAGACAGGAUAUUAGCCACAAACACGGUACCAGCCCCACAGGGCAUCCUGCACUCAGCUCGGAACUGCAGCUGUCUUGGUGUACAGCACGUCCUGUUGGGACUGCUGGCCAAUUCUCAGACUCCAGGCACAUUUGUCAGAGGGUAGGACAAGGCACUGGAAGGCAGAAAAUUCCAGUCAAUUUAUUUGCUCACUAGUAGGAAUCCUUGUGAAAGGUUUUAUUGGUUGAAACCACUGGGGAGCAUCAUCCUGAGGAUUUCGUGUUUUCACUCUAGUAGUCCCAAGAGCUGCAAGUAAUCAAGAGUUGUUUGUAGUCUGUUCCCUCUCCUAAAUAACCUGAUGCAAAUAAAGAAGCCAUAGAAAGUGAA